AUGUCAGGAGCUCCUAGCCGCACACGGCAGGGCAACCUGCAGCAGCAACAACCAGCAGCACCGGACCAACCCAAGCCCGUCAUCCCGGGGUCGACCCUCCUCACUGAACACGCCCUGAAAUCAUUUGAGCAGCGCUACGAGUGCCUCGCCACCCAGGGCAUCUGGGAUUCGGACCCGGUCCCGCGCCAACUCCCAUGGUUUAAACUUCGAAAGGGCUGGUCCGGCUGGGAGUGCGAUGCUGCCUGGUCCCGCCAGGCCUCUGAAACCGGCAACCUGGCCUUCGCCGCUGCCGAUGCUGUGGCUGACGAGGCUCGGCAUGCGCGCGAGUGGCAGGUUCGGGACGCGGCGAAGUACAGGUGGAGGGUGCACAGGAGGUGCGGGCGGUGGGGUGCGGUGGAGAGGGGUGCGCUGGCGGAGAGGCUGGCAGGGCGGAGGGUGCUGAUGGUGGGGGAUGAGACGAGCGCGAUGCUGUUUCUGUCCCUCCGCAACCACAUGCUCAUGCCAGGAGGGGGAGGGACGGGGGGAGGAGGAGCAGCAGGGGGAGGAGCAGCAGGGAGUGGAAGGGGAGGAGGAGGGGGUGGGUACGAGGGGUUGGAACAUCGGAUUAUGGUGCGGGAUGAGGUUCCGGAUUUCUGUGCCAGGCUGGACCUAAGGCAGCAGCAGGACUUUCCUGUUUGCACCCAAUUCACGUUCGGCGACUCCGCGUCUGUCCUCUUCGUUCGAGACGACGUGCUCCGAACCUCGCCGCCCAAUACCGACCCUGCAGCCCAGGAUCCGGCUGCCGGGCCUGCGGACGCAUCGACCCUCUCAUUGCCCUGGUUCGACCAGAUCAAGGUUGUCCCCUCUAGUAGCAGCUCCAGUAGCAGUAGCAGCAGCAACGACAGCAGCAGUAACAUCUCAGUGCUUAUACUGAAUCGCGGGUCGCACUUUGUGGAGGAUGAUAAGUUCAUCCAACAGCUGAACGAAACCCUCACCAAAGUGAGAGCCGCAGCACCGGACCUCCUCAUAAUCUACCGAAGCACGCCGCCCGGCCAUGCACACUGCGACCAGCUGCUAGCACCAAUCGCAGAGCGCCAAGACCCCUCGUCCCUACCCAACCACUGGGGAGAGUUUGCCGCCCAGAACGAGUGGGCUAAGCGGCUGGUGAAGGCUGUUGGGGGCGUGUUCCUUGAUGUCGACCCUAUGACCGCUUUGAGACCAGAUGGACACAUUCGGCCGCCCUCGGAUUGUCUGCAAUAUUGCCUGCCAGGGCCACCGGAUGAGUGGACCAGGAUGCUCUACCACAUGCUGCUCGACCUGCUCUGA